AUGUGCGCCAUUGAGCUGCCCAGUCUGUCUCGCCAUGAUCAUCUCACUGCUUUAACUUUCGUUCUCGCUGCCUCUCAAAUCGGAUUCUAUGUGGUAACAGGUAGCGAAGUUCGCUGGGAUGCCGCUACAAGUGUGGGCAAUGACCCCGAAGGAAGGAAAUUAAUGCUCAGUGGAUUGAAGUCAUUCCUAGCAGCAUCUACACUGCUCCUAUUUUUAUCCUGGCUCUGCACACCAGGUCUAUCAGUCAUUCUAAACUAUUGGCUCUCGGCACUUUUCCCGCUCCGAUCGACAGACAAGUCAGACGAGGAAGCGUUGUUGGCAACGACGAAGAGUGCAUCUCGUACAAAGGUUAUCAUUCAAUUUUGGACUGUUGGCGCCGUUAUAAUAACGUCAUUUCUAUGGCUUGUUAGACCGCAUGUUCCAUAUAGCCAUAUCUCUGGGGCGAUACCAUUUACAUUCUUCGAAGCAUUGUGCCCGAAAUCAGCUUCUCUGCAAUAUGCCAGUGGCUUUGAUUUCCCACUACAGAUUUUAAUUGGGGAAGAGUAUUGGGAAGCGCCUCGUGGGUAUUUCAAAGGAUGGGCUCCUGGCGCGAAGCAGAUGAGUCUGGAUGAAUAUGCCAGGCCUGAUUGGGCUUCUGGGAAUUUGCCAGUAGGUUUUCAGCGAUGGAAUAAAUCGAAAAGCGAGAAGAGACCAAACUACGAUACUACUCACAUGAGUAAAAAUAAAACCUCGAACAUUGAUUACAGUCCGGUGCAUGAUCCCCUUCGCAUAACUAAUCUGGAUCAAAAUGUGGUGGAACCUCUUGCUCAAGCAUUGAAAAAUCAUGAAAUUCCGAUCAAUCAUAUUGUUUUCGUUAUGAUGGAAAGUGCAAGAAAGGACAUUUUCCCCUUCAAAGCCGGAUCGAGCCUGCAUCAGCAAAUAUUAACCUCCCACGAGUUCGCAGAUGUUCAAGCGAUCCAAAAGCUGAAUAACACAUUAUCACGCCUGACACCAGUGGCAGAGCAACUGACGGGAGAGCAGAGCGGCUUCAGCCUCAAUGGAGAUGAAACUCAGGUUGCUUGGAGUGAUAGCGCCGAGAUUGGAAUGGGCGGUAUUAAUAUUCAUGGCCUGCUCACAGGUAGUAGCCUUUCGUUCAAGAGCGCGAUUAUGAACCACUGUGGCACCGGACCCCUACCCGUUGAUUUCAUGGACGAAGUACACGCGGAGAUAUACCAGCCCUGUAUCAUGCAGAUACUUGAUCUUUUCAAUCAGCGCAACGAUCCUUUGCGUCAAGGCCAAGCCAAAGAGUCUUCUGGAUUUCGGAAUCGCAAUUGGACAUCGAUCUUCUUGCAAUCUAUCACCGGCUUAUUUGAUGACCAAAAUAUCUUAAAUGAACAAAUGGGGUUCCAGAAAGCCCUUUACAAAGAGCAAAUUGAAAAUAUUAGCGCUCCAUACUACCACAAAGACAUGGAAGAGAUCAACUAUUUUGGUUACGCAGAACGUGAGACAUACCCAUACCUACGAAAAAUUGUGGAUGAAACGAUCGCAAAUGGUCAAAGACUUUUCCUUUCGCACUUCACGAGCACUACACAUCAUCCCUGGGCCACCCCAUCGAAAUUCCAGAAGGAGAAAUACUUCGCCGAUGGCCUGAUGGGUAAACACGAAGACAUGAAUAACUAUCUGAACUCGGUUCGUUACGUUGACACAUGGCUUGGUGAGAUACUUCAAGUUCUCGAUGACACGGGUAUUUCAAAUGAGACCUUGGUUGUGUUGGUAGGCGACCACGGCCAAGCGUUCCACGAAGACAGUCCUAUAUCCGGAACAUACGAGAACGGACACAUAAGUAAUUUCCGCAUCCCACUAGUUUUUCGACACCCACUUCUUCCUCAAAUCCAAAUCACAGCCAACGCCACGUCAAUGUCCGUUGUCCCAACAAUUCUCGACUUGUUGGUCCAAACGAAAUCCCUCAACGAGGAUGACUCAAACACUGCACUAGACUUGAUGAACGAGUACGAAGGUCAAUCGCUUAUUCGACCAUACCAGGCUAUGCAUAAUGGUCGCCAAGCGUGGAACUUCGGUAUCAUUAAUGCCGGUGGCACGAUGCUUAGUGUCGGAUCUGCGGCUGUUCCAUACAGACUCAUAUUGCCUUUGUCCAGCGAUUUCGAAUAUGUGUUCUCAAAUUUGGAUGCUGAUCCCGAUGAGAAGAAUUCUCUACGUGCUUGGUCUAUAGAAGAGUUGAGUCCGCGGAUAGAGAAGGAACAUGGAUACAAAGCUGUACAGUGGGUUGUUGAGGCGGAACAAGUUGGACGGUGGUGGGUAGAGGAGCGCAAAAGAUUAUGGAACUACCACUAG